AAUGAAAGGACGGCAGAAAGAAUGAAGGAACUGAAGGAUAAAGUUCACGGUCUCAUUCACAAAGAGUCUGAUGACGACGAUGACUAUGAGGAUGCUGACUAUGACGAUGGUGACUUCGAACUUGCUGACGCUGGUAAGGAUUAUGACGAUGUUUUGGACUUUGGAGAGGACGAGGACGAGGACGAGGACGAAGGCAAACCAGAGAAAAAAUCUCUGAAUGAGAGAUUUAAGGAGUUUCAAAAGAAAACAGCACAGCAUUUCGCAGGACUUCAUGGUAAACUUAAAGGUUGAUGGCACGCUGCCAUAUAUCAGGGCACAAGAGGGAAAAGCCAUUCGUUAAUGGAAACUAACAAUUGUAGUUGAAUCAAUAAAGACAGUGAC